AUGUCAGAUGAUAAAAUUCAUUUAAAAGUUAGAUUGGUUGAUAAGAAAGUUUUUAAAAAAUUUUCAUUUUAUCCAAAGAAAACAGUUAAAGAGGCAAGAUUAUUUAUAGCGGCCGAAUUAGAAGUUGAUCCAGAUCAAUAUGGUUUAUUCCUUCCACCAAAGGAUGAUCAAAAUGGUGUUUGGUUUAGAGAUGAUUAUCCAUUAGAUUUCUAUGGAUUAGAGGGAGAGAAUGAAAAAGAGGCAUUAUUAUUCACAAGUAAAGAUUCAGCACAGAUGGAGUUUGUAGAAUUCAAGAAACGUUAUAGACCCAUCAAAGUUGGUAAAGGUGAUAACCAAUUCCGUACAUUGAUGGUAGACGACACAAUGAACGUAUCGGACAUUGUAAAGUAUGUCUCUACACAGGUGCCCAUCUCAAGUGCAAUCGAUAGGGAGCAAUACGACCAAAUGAACAUGUAUGAGGUUGAGGAGUUGUCCAACGAUAUGACCGUCAGGGAGCAGGGUUACGUUGGCGAAUGCACCACCAAUCUUUUACGUGGCGCCAAGGGUGAUCUUGGCCUUUGCGUGCAAGUUCCUUAUUUCGAGGGUUUCAUCAUGAGAAAGAGGGGUGGUGGUUUGAUCAAGGGUUUAAAGAAUUGGAACAAACGUUGGUACAGUCUUAGAAAGAAUAAAUUACUCUACUUUAAAUCAAAAUCCGAUUCAACAGAGAUGGGUUGUAUCUUGAUGAAAACAGUUCAAACAGUUAGACCUUGUACAGAGGUUGCCGAUAUACCAUCGAAAUAUUCAAAGAUGUGCUUUGAAAUCGUUACACCCGCUAGAACAUUUGUAAUGUUGGCAAAUAAUGUUUCUGAUAUGAAGAAAUGGGUAGAGAUAUUGGAAUCAUCUCGUAGAAUGUUUGCUUAUGAAACUCACUUUUUCGGUGUCGCCAGUAAAAAGAUAUCAGAAGGUGGUGGUGGUUCAUUCAUCAAUGAUGACGAUGACGAUGACGAUGAUGAUGAUGAAAAUAGUGAAAGAAAAGAACAAAAGAGAAGAUUACAAGAACAAAAAAUGGAAAAAGAACGUCAAGAGAAAGAACGUAUUCAAGCAGAAGAGAAAGCACGUCAAGAUGAAGUUGAACGUCAAGAACGUAUUCGUAUUGAACAAGAACAAGCAGAACGUCAAUUCAUUGAACAAGAGUUGGCUCGUGCCGAGGAGGAACGUAAAGAACGUAUUCGUCAAGAGCAAGAGGAACAAGAUCGUCAAGAACAAGAGAGAAGAAGAAUCGAAGAGGAGGAAAUGGUUAAAUUAAUGAUUGAAGAAGAGGAGAGAAGAAGAAAACUCGAAGAAAAGAGACAAGAAGAUCUUAGAAAGAUUCAAGAGGAACAAGAAUUACUCGUGAAACAACAACAAGAAUUCAUUGCAAAACAACAACAACUCGAACUUGAAAAACAAAGACAACUUCAAGAUCAACUCGAAGAAGAUAGACGUUUGGAGGAAUUAAUGUUACAAAUGGAAAUGGAUCAAGAAGAACGUAUCAAAGUCAAAGAGGAACAAGAACGUCAAGAACAAGAGAAACUCGAACUUGCAAAGAAAAUGCAAGAAGAGGAAGAGAAAUUAAAAGAAGAACAAGAACGUAUUCGUUUAGAACAAGAAAGAGUUGAAAAAGAACGUCAAGAAGAAGAGAAACGUAUGGAAUUAGAACGUAUCGAAGAGGAACGUCUCGAAGCAAUUCGUAUUGAAAAAGUACGUAUUGAAAAGGAGGAACGUGAACGUAAAGAAGAGGAGGAAAGAAAAGAAAAAGAAAGAAAGAGACAAGAGGAAGAGGAAAGAAUUAAAAAAGAACAAGAAGAAAAGAUUAGACAAUUUGAAGAGGAAAAGAAGAAACAAGAAGAACUUAGAUUAAUCGAACAAGAACGUAUUCGUGUCGAACAAGAAUUAAUUAGAAAAGAAAGAUUAGAAUUAGAAGAAAAACAAAGAAUUGAACAAAUUGAAAAAGAACAACAACAACAACUCUUAUUAUUAGAACAAUCAAAACAAAGUGAUACCGAUAAUGAAAAUGUUGAUAUGAUGGAUGAGUUUGAACGUGAGGAAGAAGAAAGAGAAAAAGAACAAUUAGCUUCAAAGAGACUUCGUUCAUUACAAGCUCGUUUAGAAAGUGUUUGUGCAGAGACUCCAGAAUUAAAACUUUUAUUAUCAGAAGCAAUCUUAUCUUCACCAGAGAAUUUAUUACUCUCUUGGGCAAAUUAUAUUGUUAGUGGUAUUUCUUCACCAUCACUUCAUUCUUCAAGUAGAUCACAUAUUCAAAGUGAAUUAUCUUCCUCUACUAGUGGUAGUGGUUUAUUAGCUAAUAAUGGUAUAUUGUUAAAUGAUGGUUCAUCGGUUGAUUCAAAUGGUAGUAACAGUGGUGUUGGUAAUAGUAUUAAUAAUGCCAAUGGUAGUAGUAGUAAUAGUGGUGGUAGAGUAUUAAAACCAUCAACAGCAUCAGUAACAUUAGUACCAUCGACAGCAUCUAUUGGUUCAAAUGCUGGUUGUAGUAUUUCAGCAGAGUUAUCAAGAGCUUCAUUAUUAUCAUCAGGUCAUCUUGUUGGUUCUCAAGCAGUUUCACUUGUACAAUUAAAGAAUUUGAAAUCAUUAGAUGCAAACUUGGAAAUGUAUGCAAAUCUUCUCUUCAAAUUGGAGCCACAAGAAUUUAGUCUUCAACAUUAUGUAACAUUAACAACCAAUGCCGAAAGAGCACAAUAUAUUCAUGCAUGUUUAGUUAAAUUGGGUGUAACCACAAUAACUGAGGAACAAUUACUCUCAUCGGAUUCCGAUCAACAUUUGAAUGUUUUACUCACAAUCUAUGAAGAGGUUGGCGGUGAACAAUGGAAAGAGGAAUUCCAUACUCAAGUAGUUUCCAAACGUUCCUUUGCCACUAAAUAUAUUCAACAACUUUUAUCCAAUUGUGUCUCUGCUGGUUUAAAUAUUGCCACAUCACCAGAGGAAUUAUUACCAACACUCAUGAGUGGUAGAGUAUUAUGUGAAUUGAUCAAUAAAGUUUACCCAGGCACUAUAGAUGAACGUGUAAUUCAAAAGACUCAACAAUUUUGUAAAAAGAAUUUAAUGUUGGCUUAUAAUGGUGCUAAGGCACUUGGUGCAACAUCAGUACCAGAUAUCGUCUUCUUAUCCGAUGAUAAAGAUACCAUUUCAUCCACUGUAUUACAUAAUUUAACUUGGUCAAUCGUUGAAACUUGUCUUCUUCAAUCAGCUGAUCCAACAAAGAAUCGUCAUCUCUUCCAUCUAUUGAGAGCUGAGACCAGAACAAGUUUCAUGAAGUUAGAGAAAGAAAAGAUUAUGUUACGUUGGUUCAAUUAUCAUCUAAGAAAAGGUAGUAGUCGUUCCAUCAAUAACUUCACUGACGAUCUUGAAGAUUGUGAAAAUUAUGCCUAUCUCUUUUCAAUUAUCGCUCCACAACAUUCUUUGAAAUCUGAAAUCCUCAAAGAAAAUGAUUGGGAGAAGAGAGCAGAGAUGGUACUCUCAAUGGCUGCUAAAAUCGGUUGUAUGUCAUUGUUAAGUCCACGUGAUAUCGUUGAAACUGAAAAUAGUCAACUCAAUCAAUUAUUCGUCGCCGAUAUUAUGAGAGUUGCUCACGGUUUACCAGCUUAUCAAUUCCGUUUAGAUGUUGAACAAUUGGAUGAUCAAGUUCAAAAAUCAAAGGAUCAAGGUAACAAUGAUGUUGAACUCCUUCAAUGGGUAAAUGGUUUAGCCAUUGAUGGUGUCGAUGCUAAACAUCUCUUGGAGGACUUUAAGUCGGGUUAUCUCUUUUUAAAGAUCUUUGAAAAAGUUACACCACCUGGUACUUUGGAUGCAAAGAGAUUCAAAACCAAUCCAACCAGUGUUUUCAAAAUGGUUGAACUAUGUAAUUAUACAAUGGAAAUCUGUCAUAAAUUUAAAUUAAAUGUUGCUGGUACAGCUGGUACCGAUUUGGCCAAUGGUGAUAUUCGUUCAAAUCGUGCCAUUCUCAAUCAAAUUCGUCGUGUUAUCGUUGGUGAAAAGACUGUUGUUGAUUCAGUCAUUGCCAAUCAAUCUGCUGUCUUAAAAUGGGCAAACAACAAGAUUGGUUUGGAUGUAAAAGUAAAGAGUAUUCAAAGUUUCAAAGAUCAAUUCCUUCAAGAUGGUUUAUUCCUCUUGGAAUUAUUAUCCUCUAUAGAGCAAAACUCUGUAGAUCGUAAAAAUAUCAUCACUAAUUGUUCCAACGAAGAACAACAAGAAUCAAAUUGUCGUUACUUUUUAUCUUGUGCUUGGUCAACUGGUAUACCUUUAAAUGUAGUUUGGGAAGAUGUUCAAAAAGUUAGAUCAAAAUCAAUCAAACAUAUUGUUGAAACUUUACAAUCUUGGGACUUAUUAAAAUCUCAACAUCAAAAUUUAAUUAAUAAUAAUAAUAAUAAUAACAAUAAUAAUAGUAAUAAUAAUAAUAAUAAUAUUAAUAAUAAUAAUAAUAAUAAUAGUAAUAAUAAUAAUAGUAAUAAUAAUAAUAAUAAUAGUAAUAAUAUAUAG